AUGCAAUUUGCUGUGCCUCCAAAAAAGAGCUUUGCAGCUCCUCCCUACGCUCGUUCUUCACUCCUCACCUACCAGCGUCGCAAACAAUUUAAAGCGGUUGCGAUGCUGGGCAUCGCCCUCAUCGCUGUAUUCUUCCUCUUGUCGCAAAUCUUCUAUGUCAGCACAGGCACUGCUGCUGCUCCAAUUGGGACUGCGGGCGUCGUUAUUGUUACGGUGCUAGAUCGGACCUCUCACAGCGACACUUAUCUACAGAAGAUCAUCAAGAACAGAGAGGACUACGCUGAGCGACAUGGCUAUAUAAACUUCUUCGCCAACCUAUCCGACUACGACCCAUACAUAGGACUUUCCCCGCGGAGCUGGGGUCUAGUCCCCGCAGUGAGACAUGCAAUGGCGACACAUCCCUCGUCAACCUACUUCUUCUACCUAGAUACGCAUGCGCUAUUUAUGAACCCGGCCGAAUCACUCGAACACCGCCUAUUGAGCAAACACCGGCUCGAAUCCCUAAUGCGCCGGGACGUCUCCGUUGUACCACCAGAUAGCAUUAUCAAGACCUUUGCCCAUCUCCGCCCCGAGGAUAUUGACCUCAUGGUCACGAACGAUGCAGAGGACUUGAAUACAGGGAGCUUUGUGCUUCGACAAGGGGAAUUUGCCAGCUUCUUCCUUGACACAUGGUUUGAUCCUCUGUACCGAAGCUAUAACUUUGGGAAGGCCGAAACUCACAGCUUGGAACAUAUUGUCCAAUGGCAUCCAACGGUUAUGGCUCGAUUGGCCUUAAUCCCCCAGCGAGUCAUCAAUGCCUAUAGCAAGGACUCGGCUAGUGCCUCCGUUGACGGCACUUACAAGGAUGGGGAUUUAGUCAUUCGAUUCUUUGGAUGUGACACUGAUCCCAAUCGGAAUUGCGAGCGGGAGAUGGAUCCUUAUUACAAUUUGUGGGCGAAGAGGUUAACGAUUGAGUAA